AUUCCAUAAACAAGUGCUUGACAGAAUUGUGAACCUCGAAUACUUUUUGUGACAUCUAAUACACUUACAAAUAUUGGAUGAAACUGCACUGUCGCGAUGCAGCUUAAACACAUUAAGACAUUGCUAACACCACAGGAUGGUGCAGCAAAGAUUUGUGUGAUAGCAUGGUCACACAGUAACCAAAAGUUGGCAGUCUGUACAUCAGACAGAGUGGUUCUGUUGUAUGACGAAGAUGGUGAAAAGAGAGACAAGUUUUCUCUAAAACCAGCCGAUCCCAAGUUUGGGAAGAAAAGCUAUACAGUCAAAGGAUUAGCAUUUUCUCCAGAUUCAUCAAAACUUGCCGUGGGACAGACAGACAACAUAAUCUAUGUUUAUAAAAUUGGGGAAGCAUGGGGAGACAAGAAGGUGAUUUGUAACAAGUUUGUUCAGCAGAGUGCUGUCACGUGCUUGAUUUGGCCACCGGAACAGCCUAUUGUAUUUGGCCUUGCUGACGGAAAGGUUCGCUCAGCCAAUACCAGGACAAACAAGUCAUCUACAGUAUAUGGGACCGAUUCGUAUGUUGUGUCUCUGGCAGCAAACCCAUCAGGCAAGGGAUUCUUAUCAGGACACGCUGAUGGUUCCAUUGUGAGGUUUUUCUUUGAUGAUGAAGGCUCUGGUGAUAGACAGGGUAAGCUCUGUACCCAUCCCUGCCCUCCGUAUGCCUUGGUGUACUCUCAGAAUGCUAUUGUUGCUGCUGGAUGUGAUAAGAGAAUUAUUGCAUAUGGUCGUGAUGGCCGCAGCUUCCAGCACUUUGACUACAGCCGUGAGGAUGACGAGCAUGAAUUCACCACAGCAAUCUGUGCCCCUGGUGGUCAGUCGGUCGUAUUUGGUAGUUUUGACAGACUGCGUGUGUUCAACUGGAGUCCGAGAAGACAGAUGUGGGAUGAACCUCAGCUGAAGGAAAUUCCCAAUCUGUACACGAUCACUGCUCUAUCGUGGAAGAAGGACGGAUCAAAAGUUACUGCAGGCACACUCUGUGGUGGUGUUGAACUGUUUGACUGCUGUUUGAAAAGAACCUUGUACAAGAACAAGUUUGAAAUCACACACGUUGGUCUCAGUCAGGUGAUUGUCAAGAAUUUGUCAAAUGGCUCACGUGUGGUGCUCAAGUCUCACUAUGGAUAUGAAAUUGACGAAGUGAGAAUCAUGGGUAAAGACCGCUACAUGAUUGCACAUACAUCUGAUACCAUCCUGGUUGGAGAUCUUCAGUCGAACAAGCUCAGUGAGAUACCAUGGCAGUCCUCGGGAGGCAAUGAGAAAUACUACUUUGACAAUGAAAGUGUUUGUAUGAUUUUCAAUGCUGGGGAGCUUGCUUUGAUAGAGUAUGGAGCAAAUGAAGUUCUGGGAGUUGUGCGGACAGAAUUUAUGAACCCACAUCUUAUCAGUGUUCGGCUGAAUGAGAGGAAACAGAGAAACGUUGGCGAGAACAAAAAGUUGGCCUACCUUGUGGAUUUGAAAACCAUUGCAGUUUUUGAUCUUGUGACUGGCAUUAAUCUUGGACAGAUAAAUCAUGACUCAAAAAUUGACUGGUUGGAGCUAAAUGAAACUGGACAUAAACUGCUUUUCAGAGACAAGAAGUUGAAGCUUCAUCUAUAUGAUGUUGAGAGCCAACAGAAGAACAGCAUCUUAAACUACUGUUCCUAUGUGCAGUGGGUUCCAGGCAGUGAUGUGGUCGUGGCUCAGAACAGAGGCAGUCUGUGUGUGUGGUACAACAUUGAUUCACCGGAGAGAGUCACCAUGUUCCCCAUAAAGGGUGACAUUGUAGAUCUGGAGCGUGUUGAUGGCAAGACGGAAGUGAUAGUCAGUGAAGGUGUGGCAACCAUAUCAUAUGCACUGGAUGAAGGGCUCAUUGAGUUUGGCACAGCUAUCGAUGAUGGUGACUAUGCAAGAGCGGUUUCCUUUCUGGAGACCUUGGAAAUGUCAUCUGAAACCGAGGCAAUGUGGAAGACACUGAGUCAUUUGGCUCUUGAAGAAAGACAGUUACAUAUUGCUGAGAGAUGUUACUCUGCACUUGGAGAUAUUGCUAAAGCCAGAUUUCUGAGAGAAACUCUGAGGUUCGCUGAAGAAGCUGCAAAGCAGAUGGGUGGAGAUGGCUACAACCACUACCGGGUUAGAGCCAGACUGGCCAUCAUGGAGAAAAAGUUCAAAGAAGCUGAGAGUAUUUACCUUGAACAGAAUCAUGUGGAUGAAGCCAUGGAGAUGUAUCAAGAGAUGCACAUGUGGGAUGAAGCUAUUGAAGUAGCUGAAGCAAAGAGUCACCCAGAACUAGACACUUUGCGUCGUAACUAUUACCAGUGGCUGAUGGAGACUGGGCAAGAAGAAACAGCAGGAGAGGUGAAGGAAAGAGAGGAAGACUAUCUGUCUGCGAUCAACCUCUACAUGAAGGCUGGACUUCCUGCCAGAGCAGCUAGACUGGCAACAAGCAGAGAGGAAUUGAUGUCAAACUCUGAUCUCAUCAGUCGAAUUGCUUCUUCUCUUAUCAAGGGAGAACUCUAUGAAUAUGCUGGAGACAUGUAUGAAAAGAUCAAGGAUUAUGACCGAGCGAUGGAAUGUUUCAAGAAGGGCAAAGCUUACAGAAGAGCGGUUGAGCUGGCUAGAUACGCCUUCCCGACUGAGGUGGUCAAGUUGGAAGAAGAAUGGGGAGACUACCUGGUGUCUCAGAAACAGCUCGAUGCUGCCAUCAACCACUUCAUAGAAGCUGGAGCUACAAUGAAAUCAGUUGAAGCUGCCAUCAACUCGCGUCAGUGGUCAAAGGCUGUCCAGAUCUUGGAGCUGCAAGAUUCCGCCAUGUCAUCACGAUACUACAAGAAGAUUGCUGACCAUUAUGCAUCUGUUGGAGAGUAUGAGACUGCUGAAAGGUUUUAUGUUGAGGCUGGCUGUACCAGGGAAGCUGUCGACAUGUACAAUCAGGCCGGAAAAUGGGAACAAGCUCAUAAGCUUGCAUCAACGUACAUGAAAGCUGAUGAUGUAUCUUCUCUGUACAUUUCUCAAGCCAGACAGUUGGAAGAAGAGGGGAAAUUUAGAGAAGCAGAAAAACUUUAUGUUGCUGUGGAAGAACCAGACUUGGCUAUCACCAUGUAUAAGAAACAGAGACACUACAAUGACAUGAUCCGCUUGGUGAAGCUCUACCACAAAGAUUUGCUAGGAGACACUCACCAGCUUCUUGCCACUGAGCUGGAGACAGAGGGCAACUUGCGACAGGCUGAGCAGCACUUCAUUGAAGCCGGUGACUGGAAGGCAGCUGUCAACAUGUACAGAGCGCAUGACUCAUGGGAUGAAGCCUAUAGGGUUGCUAAGAACCAUGGUGGCCAGAUUGCAGCGAAGCAGGUAGCAUACAUGUGGGCAAAGUCUCUAGGUGGAGACUCAGCCGUCAAAUUACUGCACAAAUAUGGUUUUCUCGAGUCGGCCAUUGAUUAUGCAACAGAGAACUGUGCAUUUGACUUUGCAUUUGACCUUGCUCGUAUUGCCAUGAAAGACAAAUUGCCCGACAUUCACCUAAAGUAUGCCAUGUAUCUGGAAGAUGAGGGCAAAUUUUCGGAAGCUGAAGCAGAGUUUGUGAAAGCAGGAAGACCAAAAGAAGCAGUUCUCAUGUAUGUUCACAACCAAGACUGGGAUUCUGCCCAGCGUGUGGCAGAGGCUCACGACCCAGACUCGGUCGCGGAUGUCCUAGUUGGUCAAGCCAGAUUCGCAUUUGAAGAAAAGGAAUUCGCCAAGGCUGAGUCCUAUUUGUUACGAGCUCAAAGACCAGAAUUGGCAGUUAAAUUUUACAAAGAAACAGAAAUGUGGAGUGAUGCCCUUCGUGUGUGUAAGGAGUACAUACCGCACAAACUCCAGCAGCUUCAGGAUGAAUAUGAUCAUGAGAUGACUGAUAAGACAAAACGCUACGAACCAGGAGGAGUGGAGUCUAUGAUUGGGCAGGCUCGAGAGUGGGAGUCAUCUGGAGAGUAUGCACGAGCCGUAGAAUGCUACCUGAAAGUUACAGACGCACUUACUGCAGAUAGAAAUAUACUAGAAAAGUGCUGGAUUAAGGCUGGUGACAUUUCCAUGAAGUUCUUGGGACAGAAGAAAGCACAGCAAGUAAUAGAAACUAUUGGACCAAGACUGGCAGAGAUUGGAAAGCAGAAUACUGCUGCUGAGCUAUAUCUGGGUAUGGAUAUGGUAAAGGAUGCUAUUGAUAUGUUCAUUGCAUGUGGUGACUGGAACAAAGCCAAGAAAAUAGCUAAGGAGAUAGAACCGAGGUUUGAACCAUAUGUUGAUGACAAAUACAAAGAAUUCUGCAAAAACCAAGGUCGUGCUGAAGAGCUUGUCAAUGUUGAUGUGAUUGGUGCGUUGGAUAUGUAUGCUGAAAAAGGUGAAUGGGAGAAGUGCAUUCAGACUGCAGAACAACAUAGUCCACAAGUGUUACAUAAAUACAUUGCUCUCUAUGCAACUCACCUUAUUAAGACAGAGAAGCCGGCCAAAGCACUGGAACUGUAUGCAAAGUAUGGUGCGCCUGCCAACCCACAGAAUUACAACAUAUACAAGCGUCUUUUCUCUGAUGUGAUAUCCAUGAAAAAUCUUAAUAGAACAGAAGCAUACAGAACAUGGGCUGAUUUGCGAGAUUUGCUCUUUGACCUGUGUGAGAACAUCAGCAAUCUGCACGACCAGGGUAAUGCCCAGCUGGACGAGUUCGAGACAUUCAUGCUCAUUGCUCACUACUAUGCCAUUCGGUCGGCCGCUCAGGCACAGAAAUCUCUCGACACCAUUGCAGCCCGCCUCUGUAUUUCCCUUCUCCGGCACACAGACAUCAUUCCUGCAGAUAAGGCUUUCUACGAAGCAGGGGUCGUGUGCAGAGCCAUAGGUUGGGAAAACAUGGCUUUUGUUUUUCUGAACAGAUAUUUGGAUAUCACAGAGGCAAUAGAAGAGGGUUCGUUGAAUAUGCUAGACCACAGUGACUUCGAGAACACAGACAUUCCAUUUGAAAUACCAUUACCAGAAAAACCCUACUUGUCUAGCAUGCAGCAUGAAGAGAUAAAGGAAUGGGUUUUGGCUGUUUCCAUGGACCAGAAAGUUGAGCAGAUUCUUCCUAAAGAUGAACGUAACACGUAUGAAGCCUCACUGACAGCUCCCGACACUGGGAUAAAAUCCCUGCCUUGUGUUGUUACAGGAUACCCAGUUUUAAGAAACAAGUUUGAUUUCAACAAACCAGGCAAAGUGGCCAACAAAGAUGACUGGAAUAAACUUCUGAUGGCAACAAAGGUUUCACACAGUCCAGAACUACAAGAUGUGUUGAAGUUCAUCAGCAACUGGUGUGGAGCUCCAUCAAAUCCAACUUACUCUUUUCAUUAAAUGUUGACGAUCUCACUGUGACAUUAUUAAAUCUUACGAGAGAUCUGUUGUGCAUUAUGUAAAAGUAACAUAUGCAUGUAUUUGUUAUUCGUUGUCUGUGAUAGACCUCUGACUACUAAUGGACACUGUUCCACGUCCAUCUGUGAUUUCAUUUUCCGUCCUCUGGUUUCUUCGUUAUUGUAAUUAUGUUCGACUUCUACAGACCAUAGACUAUGAGAACUUGUAUACAGUUGCAACUGACUUUUUUUAAAAUUAAUAUUACAAAGAAAUAAAAAUAUUUAAUAAACCAACAACAUGUAAUAGGAGCUUACUGUAAACUAGCAAUGUGGAUUUUCUGUUUAGAUCUUCCUGUUAAAUAGCGGAUUUUCAGUUUUAAUGAGUUUGUGGGUUUGUAUUAUUCCUUUUUCACGAUUGAUUGUCAGACUUUGAAUUUGAACUUAUUAGAUGCUCAAAUGAAGUGACAUUCUGGCAGGAGCUUUUAGUGGUGGACAUUUCCUUUACUUGUCAUAACAUCUUUAAGUUAGCAUUAAGUUUGUUUUGGCAACAUAUUUUAAUAUGACUUCACAGGUUUAUGUCUAAAAACACCAACAUCAAACUACCAACAAUCUCAGUGUUAUUUAUUAAAUGAUUCCUUCUGACAUCCAGUUUAUUUUUAGACUGUAUGUACAGCUUAAUGCACAUUUGUACUCAUUUUAUAAGGGCUUAUUUCAAUUACAGGUUUGGUGCAGUUAUUGUGUGAUCAUUAUUUUAAAAGUUUUAUCUUAGCUGUGAAACGCUGCACGUAUAACAACAAUCGAUGGAACACCUUGAAGAGUGAUUUGUGUUGACGAUUUUGACCUAUUUCUGUAACAAAAAAUAUCUGUUGCUUACCUUAUAGAAGUUUUAAAAAUCAUUUAAUAUAGUAAUCAUUUUUUAUAUCAUACUUCUGCAUAUUAAAUAAAGGAAAAAUAAACACUUGGUAACAUAAAAUCUGCAAUCUCAAGUAUAUUUUUAUUAUAUAACCAUUUAGACUAGAUUAUCUGCAAUUUACUUCCUUUAACACAGCGUUCUUUGAUAUCCUUUUGAUGCACUUGUUAAUCUAGAUUACAUUUAUAUGUAUUAAAUUGUUAUUUAAUAAUGCUAAAAACAGAACAGUCACCAUAUAUGUAUAUUUUUAAAAUGAAAAUCUUUUUUAUUUUCCAUCUCACCUAUACUGAUCUUGAUAAAAGAUAUUAUUGUCCUGAAAUAAAUAUGAUGUUUUUGUUCUGAAUGAUAUAUUUUGUAGCAGGUUUCUCUGUCAUGUGGAUUAAUAAAGAAAUAUUUAGCUUUUGAAA